AACUGUUUUUAUUUUAGAGUAACUGGUGGUGAACUAUUCGAUAGAAUUGUAGAAAAAGGUUCCUAUACCGAAAAAGAUGCGUCUGAUCUUAUACGUCAAAUUUUAGAAGCUGUUGAUUAUAUGCAUGAACAAGGUGUUGUUCACAGAGACUUAAAGCCAGAAAAUCUUCUUUACUACAGUCCUAAUAAUGACAGUAAAAUAAUGAUUAGUGAUUUCGGGUUGUCGAAGAUGGAAGACUCCGGUAUUAUGGCAACCGCAUGUGGUACACCAGGUUACGUAGCGCCCGAAGUUUUGGCUCAGAAACCAUAUGGAAAAGCGGUUGAUGUAUGGAGCAUAGGAGUUAUUUCUUACAUAUUACUCUGUGGUUAUCCACCAUUCUACGAUGAAAAUGACGCAAAUCUUUUCGCUCAGAUUUUAAAAGGUUAGUUUAAAGUACCAAUUUAAUUUUUUAUAUU